AUAAAUAAUGUUUUUAUAAAAUACGUUGCGUAAAAGCAUCACUUGAGUCGUGUUUGAACUGAUUCUUCGUAAUGAACCAUUCGAAUGAACCGAUUCGCGGAAACGAGCCAGACUUCCAUGAUGCCAUGGAAACGCGACGCUUUCCUGGAUAGACCAUGUUAUGAAUGAUCUCGAGAAAAUAAUAGUUAUUUAGUUAGCGGUAACGAGACACAACAUGCUUCGAAAAGCAGUGAAAGUGGUCGCUGAACUCCACCUGAGGGCGAUAACCUGUCCAGGGGUGCAUCUACCAGCAAAAGAUGAUGUUUACGUCAGUGUGAGUCUGAUGAAUAAAUACAGGAAGACUGAAUGUGUUCCUGCAGUGUUUCCAUUACUGAUCCGGGAGAAAAUAAGAUUUGAAAAGAUCCUGAAUUAUGUCACCGAUCCUUCAGCAAUAGCAGAAUUCCUGCAGUUGUGUUUCUCCUCUUCCUCAGGCGAAACAGUGAAAAUUGAACUCAUUCAGUUGAUUCCUCCAGCUGGAGAAAUACUGGCCAGUUUUGAAGAAGAUGCUCGAAGUUUUCUUUUCCCAGAACCGAAGCUUGUCCCAUCUUUCUCUGGAGUAGAGAGAGAGGUAUUGAUGACACGGCAUCCCACUUUUCCUGGUAUUUCUCCAAGAUUAGAGUUCUCCACAAAGACGACAUUCAGAGAAAUCUCCAGUGACAAUAGUUUCCUGACCGUUCCUGUGAGGGCAAUGAUGAGAAAAACCUCAGAAAAGUCACCGAAACAGGGCAGCGCUUCACCCCAAAGACAUCUCUCUUUUGCUCCAUGCAGUCCAAGAGAGCAUCACGACAGAGAUCAGGUUCAGAGGUCACGUGGACGGUCCUCUUCCCAUUAUUCACCCGUCUCUGCCAGAAACUCCAGUUUAUGGAGUCUGUCACCACAUCAAUCAAAACCAUCAGGAGAAUCAAGAGACCAAAGAAGAAGCUAUUCCAGACCUUGGAUGGCCGAUGAAGACUCUUCAGACAAAGACGAUCUCCUCGACUACGCAGAGGAAGUUGGCCGUCAUCAUUCCCUCAUGGGAUAUGAGGGAUCUUCCAGACACUCUAGUAUGGAUUGCCAGAGGCACAAUGGAUCUCUCUUGGGUUCUCCUGGCCUGUGGGAGGAAGUUCAGGAACGAGUUCAGAGUCUUUUAACAUCUCCCAAAGCGGUUCAUAGACUAGCCUGUGGUGCCACCGACUCGGAGAUAGACGAGGUAUUGACACGUAGAUCUGUUUUGGCCCACUCAUGCCCGUUCUAAACACCAGCGUGUGCGAUAACAAAGUGAUGAAUCAGAGGACUGUGUGAUUUCUUGUGACAUUGCAUCUUUUUCCAUUCAAUUACCAGUGUGUUUAUUUGUAGUUGUGUAGUAAGUGUUUUUGAAGCUUGGUGGUUUAUAACCAUUUCUGGAGGCCCCCCAACUGUUCACACCUGAUUCAGAAACACUUGAAAUGUGUGUUUCAGUGGAGACAGCGUGCAAAACGGACUCUUCAGACACUUAAAAUGGUACAUGUGCUUAAUAUAACCCUCAUAACAAAAAGGUUGGCUCCCUUGUCGGAGCUGUGGUGCAGUAAUAGAUCAUAGUUUGUUUUGAGACCAACCUGCAUUGUGUCCUAAUGCAAUUCUUAUAUAAAGCAAAAAAAGGCAGAAGUCCACCCCCAAUAAAGAGAAAUAAAAUCAUCAAAAGUGACAAAUCAGUAGUGCUUUGAUCACAUUCUUUCUUCUUAUUUUUAGCAUCUUUAUGCAAAUGCUGCUCGUUCAUUAGCAAGUCAAAUUAAAUACCUGCUUUAGUUGAUAGUCAAGUACAAAAGGCUUG